AUGUCACCAAUCGAAAUGCCAAAACUACCGUUGCCAUCGUUCUCUGGUAAAUAUAUCGAAUGGCCGGCGUUUCAUGAUGCAUUUGUCCGACUGAUCCACACCAACACCGACUUAAGUGCUAUUCAAAAAUUUCACUUUUUAAAGAAGGCACUGCCAGCAGAAAACGAUGUAGAUGUUCAGCAAAUGGCCUUAACUGAGACCAACUAUGGAACUGCCUGCGAUUUAAUUGUAAAUCGUUAUAAUAAUCCUCGUCUACAAUUCAUGCACCACAUGAACAAGCUCUUCACACAAUCUGCAGUUACUAAAGAGUGCUCAGACGACAUCAAGUCUUUACUCAAUGUAGCAAAAGUCUGUAUAAAUGAGUUCAGUCGUUUGAAAAUACCUAUUUCACAGGGCAAUCAGUGGAUUGCGUACCUUUUGUCAACAAAGUUGCCAAAGGAUACCCAUCAAGCUUGGGAAUAUCACCUCGGCAGUGACGUUAACAUCCCCACCUUUGAAAUGUUAGAAGCAUUUUUAAAUAAGCGUCUGGUGACCAUCAAUGUGAUUGAAAAUAGAAACAUUUCGUGUGGUAAUAACUCACUGCCAAAGACCAGCAAUGUGGCUGAUAAUACUUCGUCAACUAAACGCCAAAGUCGACCUCCAAAGACUUUAUACAGACAUAAUAGUAAUAGUUUUCACGCCACUAGUCAACCGAAAAACGUCAAUUCAUGCUUUCUGUGUGGCGAAGCACACAUUCUGCGGCGCUGUACCAAAUUCCUUCCCAAAUAUUGCUUUGAGAGAAAGUCUAUCGCGGACAAAGCAAAACUUUGUUUAAAUUGCCUGAGCAGGGCUCAUUCAGUUUCCCGUUGCACCAGCACGAAGAACUGUCUACAGUGUAGCCAAAGAAACCACACUCUUCUACAUUUUCCAAUGUCAAAGCCCCCACAGCAAAAUGAAUCCACUCGAUCACACGAGGGUGGCAAUUCUCAAAUAGCUUUAAACCCAUCAGCUCAAACCUUUCAAGUUGAAAGCACUCAGAGUCAGACCACGACUCAUCAAAACCCCACGUCAUCCAGGUUAACGCACACUGCUCAGCUUCUUACAGAACCGUCACAGAAGCAGACUCGUAAGGUGCUUUUAGCCACCGCUCUCGUCACGAUCAAGAACGACGGCACGGGUCGGUCCAUGGUAGUACGUGCUCUAUUAGAUCAAGGCUCUGAAUGCACACUUAUUUCAGAGCAUGCCGUUCAAACACUCUGUUUGACACGCAACCGUGCUUCGGCAGAUAUAUCUGGGGUGGGCAGCAACGUCGCGCAUCGUUGUAAGCACACUGUGAAUUUCACAAUGCACUCAUAUGUGAACCCUAACUACCAUGUCGCGGUCGAUACCGCCUUUGUUUUAAAGGCGCUCACCAAUAAAUUGCCAAGUCAAACAAUUGAGCCAAACCAAUGGGCUCAUAUUCGAGGACUGCAGUUAGCAGAUCCUACGUACUACCAGCCACGUCGUAUAGACUUACUUCUGGGUGCCGACAUGUUCGCUAACCUUUUAUUGCAGAAACACGUAUUGGAGGACUUUAUGAACCAAUAG